AUUGGCUGCCAGCCGCGGUGAGCUGAUGAGGGAGGGUAUAAGUACCACCCUGUCACGCUGUGAGCGUGCAGCCUUGAUGUUGUUUCUGAGUUGUCUGUGAGUGACUUACGGGGGUAAAAGCUCCGUCCCGAAUGUGCUGAAUUAUCUAAAAGAGAGAGUCUAUAAAAGUGAAUUACUUUUCAACAUUUUCACCAACAAGUUAGACGGUCCGGACAAACAUGGUGGCGACCAGCACGAUAAAGACCAAGACCACGGAGUGCCUGUCCGAGCUGGUGAAGCGGCACCAUGACCCCGCUUGGCUCGAGAGGGAGCUGGACCUGCGGGACGGUGGCCGGGCGGCGUCCCCGCCCGACGCCGCGGACCCCGUGCCCGGCGAGGACGACCCGUCUUGCGCGCGGCAGCUGGCCCGGGCCUUCGAGGGGGUGCUGUCCCGCGCCAAGAGGACCACGCUGCGCUGCGGCGCCCUGCUGGUCCCCGAGCUGCUGACGCGGCGCGCGGCGCGGGCCGUGCUGCGGCUGGCGUCCGGCGAGCCGUGCGGCCUGCGGGGCGCCCGGCUCCUCCUGCAGCUGGAGCUGGACGGCGGCGGCGGCGGCGUGCGGCCGCUGGAGCGCGUGGCCUGGGACGGCGGGGUCGAGCCCACCUUCGAGCUGACGCUGGUGUUCAAGCAGGACGGCGUGGGGGGCGUGGCCGGCGGCGGCGGGGGGGGCGGGUCCCGCUGGCCCGGGCUGCGGGAGCUACUCCUGGGCGCCUGCCUCUUCGCGCGCGGCUCCUCGCGGCGCGCCAUCAAGCUGAGCCCCGCCUUCCGGCUGGUGAAGAGGAAGCUGUACGCGCCGGGGGCGGCGGCAGUGGUGGUGGAGUGCUGA